ACCAGUCAACAGACGCUGAGGGAAGGAGGACCCUGAGCUGACACUGACACAGCAAGCUAUUACUCUCUGAACACACACCCAGCUACACACACACACACACACACACACACACACACACACACACACACACACACAAGCACACCUGUGACUCCUGCAGAUUACUCAGAGCAGUACGGAGGAGGACCUCAGCCUGGGCACAGGCAUAGUUAAAACCUCAAACUCCCUGCUGGGACCUCAGAAGUCAGUUGACUUUAACUUCAGAAAAUGCAUUUUUGAGUGCAGAGGGAGAGAGCUGAGCCCAGCACAGACAUAAACAGAGGAUCAUCUGACAGCUUCUUCAGUGACAGAAGUUAAGGACAAACCAAGGAAGGAGAGAAAAGACUGGAGAGUCCAGGGGAGACUGGAUAAAAUCAGAGUGAAGGCUCUUUUCUGAAGAUGGAACAGACUCCACCGAUUUGGCACACACAGGUUGUCCCCCAGGACACAGCUGGAGAGCUGCAAAAGAAGGUGUCAGUCAUGGGCCAGCCGGAGUGCUCCAUCUGCUACUACACAUAUGACAAUGUCUUCAAAACACCCAAGCUGCUGGAGUGCACCCACACCUUCUGCCUGGAGUGCCUCUCCCGCCUCAUGGCAGUCUCGCUGGCCGACAGUGACGGCAACGGCGGCAGCACACGCCUCUCCUGCCCCUUCUGCCGCCACCCCACCACACUUCCUGAAGAGGGACCCCCAGCCUUGGCCACCAGCCGUGAGGUCCUGUGCAGGCUUCCCUACAACCAGCAGCAGGAGGAGCCGGUGUGGCUGGAGGGGGAGAAGCUGUGCUACAAAAGCUCAAGACACAACGCUGGUUUGGGAGCCCCUGACAGUCCCACAGCUUUCUGCAUCUGCAUUGACAUUGGGGCCAGCAAGACAAUGGAUGCUCCGAUCCAGACACAGCCCCGGACUUAUGGCCUGCUGGGCCGGCUAGCAGACUGGAAGAGGAUGGUGCUCUUCAUUGUGCUCAUGGUGCUGCUUAUUGUCAUCGUGUUGUGGCCACUGCAGUGUGUAUUCAGCACUGGAAACAUGCGCUGUAUGCGAGAACCCAUCCACCUCAACCCCACUCCGACUACUACUACUUUCAACCCAUUCACCAAGACCCCUGAUCUGACAGAAUAAACUUCUACACUAACUGGACUUCACUGUAAUUGUACAUAAUACUGUAUAUGACACUACGAUUUUAAAUAUUUGACACUCUAAAUUUUUGCUUCAUUACACUUUUGAUAAGCACACUUGGUUAUUGCUACACACAACUGUCAACACCUCAGAUUUUUUUACUUUGAACAGAACCAUAAGCUUGUAAAGUCACAACGUGUGGCCUUUUUUGAUGGCUGACUCUAGUGCCCCCUAGUGGUAGUUUGAAAACAGACAUGGUGGCAGACCCCACCAGGGGACACUGAAAUGAAAGAGCUGAAAGAAACACAGACUGCACCAAUUACCAGUGGACAUUUGUGUUCAACUGAUAUACUGUCAAGAUAAUUUGAAUUAUUUUAAUUUUCAAAUUAUUUAAAUUGCAAUAACAGAAUGAUUCUACACACAGCAACUUUAACUCAAAGCUGGAACUGAUCCCUCUCAACAAUAUACAUUACCAGUGCUAUAUCACUAAUCUGUUCAUGCAGGCUUGUAAAAGACACAAACAGAUGAACUAUGACAGGCACUGCUAUGUUUGUUUUCCCUAAAAUGAUGUCUAGUGACAGAAGCCACAUUUUUAUAACCAACACCUGCAGUUUGAAAUUAUACACAAGAGUUCCUGAUCUAACUAGAUUGAUGGAAUUUGUUCUCUCUCUCAAGCAACAAUCACGUGGAAACUUGCCAUUUAAUCCAAACCAAAGUGCCGUAUAUAACACAGACAUUUAUUAAUGUCUUUGCAAACAUCUUAUUGGCAGAAGAACAACAAAUGAUUAAGUUUGUAGUGACUAAUAAAAGGCCUGUCACAAAAGAGAGCGAAUGUAACCCCAAUGUGCCAACUGAAAACUUAUUAUUGUACAAUUGAUUUAUGUAUUUUGAUAUGUCUUUGUUUACAGAACUGUAAUAAAAAAAUUGUCAGGUAUUAACUCA